AUGUUACGCCUCCUCACGAGCUUCGCGGCCGUAGGCGCCGUGCUGCCGGCGGCCGAGGCCGUCAUCGUUGCGCCAAACUCGCCGUGCUCGGUCAACUGCGGCAACGUCCUGGACGCGACGACCCCCGCCGACGUUGUCUGCAAGCCGGAUGAGUACACCGGCGGCUAUGACAAUGGAGCUGGCACCGUGUUCCAGGGCUGUGUCCAAUGUGAGCUGAACAGCGGGUAUGCCACGGACAGCAAUUAUACCGACAACAUGGCGGCGCUCUAUAAUCUGCGGUAUGCCGUAUCAUACUGCGUCUUCAAUGAGCCAAAGCACGAUGAUUAUAUCAACAAUCCGUGUACCACGAGCAAGGCCUGUGGCGUCUUUGCUGAUGCUAUUGCGUACCAUAACUUAUCAGCCAAGUAUGACGACUUUGGUUACUGCGACAUAUGGCCCACGGGCGACACCGUCGACUUCAACGGCUGUGUACAGUGCCUCCAAGUGAAGGAUAAGUACUUGGCAAAUUUUGUUACUGCUCUCGAGGCUGGAUGUCUACAGAAGCCGGCCGCUGGAAAGAAGCUGGGACUCCAGGGCAACCUCUUUUCAAGCAACGUCGUCAACAUCACUACUCCCACACAGACGCCGGAGGUAAACCCAGCCUGGUUUGAUCAUGGGCCUUUGGGUCUGGGUGGGAAAGUUGGCAUCGCCGUGGGAGGAUUUAUUUUCCUGCUCAUCCUCGCCGGUGCCGCCGUCAUCUGCAGAGGCAGGAGACGAAGAAAGGCCUUUCUCAGGAAGUUGCAGAUCAAUAUGCCACAGAUGGGUUCCAACCAUGGCGGCUGGCCGUCGAUGCCUAUGAGCCAUGACACUGGCGAAACGCCCAUUAGCCAGCGUCCUCUCCGGAACUGGGAUGACUCCCCCGUGACCAUCAACACCGAGAAGAACUUCCCUCGAUACUUUUCGCCGUAUUCUUCUCAAUACAACAGUCCCGUCAGCGCGACGGACGUGAAUCACAUGCCGUGGCCAGAACCAGCCUUGGGCUCUCCUCGCACAUUACGGGAAAUUGGUCUCGCUCUUGGUUCGGCCGUUGAUGUCAACAACACAGCUAGUCAUGGAGGCAACGAGCGAUGGCCCUUGUCGCCUGAGGAUAAGGGCAAGAUGAAGGACGAGUCCUACGAAAUGCAGCACGUCGACAGUGCUGGCGGCAGCGUCGCUCCAGACCCGCGCGCUCUCCAAGUUGAAACUCCAAUUCUGGGGCAUCCCGGCUACGGGAGAAGCUCUGAUAGCCCGCCCAGACAAUAUGAUGUGAAUGGGCCCUCUGCAUAG